ACGAAUAGAUUGAAACAAAGGUAAUAAAUUGAAGCUCUCUCUGAAAUUGCGAUCAGAUAUUGAUCUUGGAGAGAGCUGAUCUUCCUUCUAUACCUUUUCUUUUUCCCCUUUUUCUCUGGUUCGCUCUCUUGUCCUCAAUCGCUCGAGAGCUUCAUUCAUAGGGCUCAAAUUUCCCCCAUUUUUCUAUAUCAUUAUCGCCGUCGAAACCCCAUCAAACCUCUUCAAUCAAGUCCUCUUUUCGUGAUCGGCUGGUUUCUUUGACCUUUUAAUCCGAUGAUCGCGCCCCACUUGCUCGAUUUCUGAUUCACUCUUGAUUUUGUGUUCUUGUUGUAGCUAGAACUACUGUAGAUUGGAUUUUCUUAUCUGGGUUCUUGCCAUGUCGUGAUUUUUCUUCAUCUGAGGUUCUCCACGGAGUCUCGUUUGCGGAGAAGGGUUAGGCCAUUCACCCGAAUGGAAGGGUCUAGUAUCGACCCCGACUCUCAUAGAGCUGCUUCUACCAGUGGUAGUUCAAGAAGGUUUGGAUUGUUAGCUGCCUCGAAUAUUAUUCAGGCUCCACUUUCUGCUCUAUUAGAGUAUUCGGGUCUUCUUCGUGGCCGCCCAAGUCAUCAAGAACCUGAGGCAUUGAUAAGUGCACGACUGCCUUCGGCUUUUCGAGGCCAUCUUCGCAGCCAGAUUGACGAAUCUUCAAGUGCCAGUAAUGAUGGAGAGGUUUCGAUUAGGAUAAUUGGGGCUGGGGAACCAGAACAUGGGAGAGAUGGUGCUGGACUAGUAGUUGGGCAAGCGAGGGAAUUCAGUGGUCAGAAUGCAGCGUCUUCGCAAUCUGUGACCUUGGCAUCGGAGCUUAGCCAGGGAGAUUCUGCUACUGAACGCAGUGCUCGAGAGGGCAUUCCUCAAUCGAUAAAUGCAGGCGCUGAUGGGGAUGCCUCGGAGGCAGCUGGGGGAAAUAGCAGGGAUUCUUCUUAUCAAAGGUAUGAUAUUCAACAGGCUGCUCGGGGGAUUGAGCAGAUUCUCCCAUUUAGUUUUCUUCUACUGGUGGUCUUCAUUCGACAGCAUUUGCAAGGCUUCUUUGUGACAAUAUGGAUUGCUGCUUUCAUGUACAAGUCGAACGAUAUUUUGCGAAAACAAACAGCGUUAAAGGGGGAGAGAAAAAUCUCUGUUUUGGUUGGCAUUUCUCUUGCAUUCACCAUUCAUGUUAUUGGUGUGUACUGGUGGUAUCAAAAUGAUGGCCUUUUAUAUCCGUUGAUCAUGCUUCCUCCUAGAGCAAUACCUCCUUUUUGGCAUGCUAUUUUCAUCAUCAUGGUGAAUGACACUUUGGUCCGCCAAGCAGUGAUGGUGGUGAAGUGCAUUCUAUUGAUGUAUUACAAGAACAGCAGAGGCCGCAAUUAUCGUAAACAGGGUCAAAUGCUAACUUUAGUCGAAUAUUUACUACUACUGUACCGUGCCUUAUUGCCCACUCCUGUCUGGUAUCGCUUCUUUUUGAACAAAGAGUACGGGAGUCUAUUUUCUUCGCUAUUGACGGGACUGUACUUAACUUUCAAACUCACAUCUGUUGUUGAAAAGGUGCAAUCCUUCUUUGCUGCUUUGAAAGCACUGUCACGUAAAGAGGUGCAUUAUGGGGCAUAUGCAACGUCGGAGCAGGUGAAUGCAGCUGGUGAUUUGUGUGCUAUUUGCCAAGAGAAGAUGCAUGCUCCUAUCCUACUCCGAUGUAAACACAUAUUUUGUGAAGAUUGUGUAUCAGAGUGGUUCGAGCGGGAACGAACAUGUCCAUUGUGUAGGGCUUUGGUUAAACCUGCAGAUCUCAGGUCAUUUGGUGAUGGAUCAACCAGUCUAUUUUUCCAGGUUUUCUAAGCCAUUUACUUCCAGCAGCCCAUCAGAGGCUUUGUGGUUCAUCACAUAUUUACCUACACAAAAUGUACAUCUAACUAAUGGCCUGUGUAGUUAGAUGUACAUUUUGUGUAGCAAAGACUGCGCGCACAAGAAGAAUGUGCUCGGAAACCCGAAUUCGGUAUCGGAUUGUAUACGUAAUAGUGUCCCUUUUGUGUUGCGGAGGACGGGUUUAACCACACAUGCAAAAUUAAUGAAUUGCUGAGUCUGGAGUGUAAAUUUAGUAGUACCAAAGUCAGUUGUUGUGUUGAUUUAUAAAUUAGUCCAAAAUGAGAAAUUGUUACAUAUAAUACCCAGUUUGAUUA